CCGGGGCCGGGGCCGAGCGAGGCGCUCGCCCUCCCGGCAGCGGGCCCGGGGCCGGGGCCGCCCGCUCCGAUCGCGCCGCCCGCCGGGCGGGCCCGGGCCGCCCCUCCUGCUCCCCGCAGCGCAUUCGCCGCGGGGCCCCUCUCCUGUGACGUCAGCGCCGCCUCAAAAAGCGCCCCGGCAGGCAGGCAGGGCAGCGGGCUGGGCAGCGGCGACGGCGACAGCGGCCACGGCAGCAGCGCGCCCCGCCGCCGACAUGGUGUCCCCCGUCACCGUGGUGAAGAGUGAAGGCCCCAAACUGGUCCCCUUCUUUAAAGCCACUUGUGUCUAUUUUGUCCUCUGGCUGCCAACUUCCAGCCCAUCCUGGUUCAGUGCCCUCAUUAAAUGUCUGCCCAUCUUUUGCCUGUGGGUUUUCCUCCUGGCUCAUGGGAUUAACUUCUUAGUGUCACACCGGAGUGCCAGCCGCAUCCUAGCGGGACUCAUAUUCUCGGCAGUGGGAGACGCCUUUCUCAUCUGGCAGGAGCAGGGCUACUUCAUUCAUGGUCUGCUGAUGUUCGCCAUCACACACAUCCUGUACUCUUCAGCCUUUGGCAUGAAGCCUUUGGACCUCAAAGCUGGCUUGCUGAUGGGCCUUGUCUCCAGCUCCUGCUAUGCCUUCCUGUACUCCUACCUCUCGGGUCCCUUCACCUACCUGGUGGCCGUCUACAUCGCCCUGAUCGGCUUCAUGGGCUGGCGGGCGGUGGCGGGCGUGCAGCUGUGCAACGACCUGUGGACGUGGACCAAGCUGUCGGCCUGCGUGGGCGCCAUGCUCUUCAUGGUGUCGGACCUCACCAUCGCGCUCAACGAGUUCUGCUUCCCCGUGCCCUACUCGCGCUUCAUCAUCAUGGCCACCUACUACGCCGCCCAGAUGCUGAUCGCGCUGUCGGCCGUGGAGACCAGGGAUGAAGAGGACUUCAGGAAGAGGAGCUAGGUGGAGUGCCAAUAGUCUGUGAACACAUGGGUUAUAUCUCAGGUGCUGUAGCUGCAUUCACCCCUGAGAGAGAUCUCCAUUUCUCUAGGCACACUGGUGAUGUUGAUUUUGCUUCUUUGAAGCAUUACCUUUGGGAAUUACUUUUAUUUUCGUUGGCUUUCUCUGAAUACAGCUUACUUCAGUGUGGAGUCCACAUCAGAAAGCUUAGACUGUCCCUGCAGUAGUUACUCAUUCAACUUUUUCUCCUUGGAAGUGCUGUACUACUGCAUUUUACUUGUUAGUCUUGAAACGGAUGCUGAAUGUCUGGGAAGAGGAGGGCUGGUGGAAAGGAGGUUUGGCCAUGCACUGUGCUAAAAGGCUUGCUCUCAACUGUAGGCAGACAGGCACAGAUCUCUGCUGAAGUCAUAGGUAAAAGUUAAUUUAACUGAUGUUUGUCUCUUCUUGUGCAUUACAAACUCAGUAUGCAAACUGGAGCUAUUCCUCUGUUGAAAGGAAGCUUGGAGGGAGAGUAAAAACAGCAUAUGCAGCUGGGAGCUGAGCUCUGAAGUCAGUGGCAGUACCCACCAGAACCAGCAUGAAGGCAGAAUCCCAAGCUGAGGGCACAGAUUGAGAGGUGCUGGCAGUGCUGUGCUUUGAUUGCAGUGAUCACUGCUCCAGGGCAGGUCUCUAGGUGCAAGUCAGCAUUGCUGCCUCUGGCAGAACUGUAGAGAGGAGCUUGAUGUGAUUUCAGGGACAUCUUAGUAGCCAGGCCAGCGUGUUCUCCCUCACCACGUGCACGCAGUUGCACAGUGCCUGCAGCCACCACUGAGAUGUAAUGGGCACAUGAGGAACUUUGAUUUUUAAAGCAGAACUUACUCAUUUUCUUAAUCAGUGUAUGCCCUAAUUAUCCUUAGUAUGGCAGACAGGCAUCUAAUCUUUAUGCCUUUAUUCUCCAAUGUCCUAACAAGUAAUAUUCCAUGUACCCAUUAAAUUUUAGUAGCACUUGCAGUACUACUUUUAGUACUGCUGCCUGCAGUAUCUUAAAUCUUUGUGUGAGCAUUUCCUGUGAUCAAGGCCCUGAUUUUGGAUGUAGAUUGUCGUGUUUUGCCAGCUGGUGGAAAACGAUCCUCUUUACACCACUUCUUUUUUUUUUUUUUUUUUUUUAUUAUUUUUUUAGAAAGCCCCUUUUCAGCAGAGCUUCCUGAAAAACACUGUCCUUUGUGUUCAGCACGCCUGCCACUUCCUUCUCAAACUCACAUGGACUCACAUAGAACUCUGCUAGCUUUUCCCUUGUGUUGAGAGUCCCGUUCCUCUCCAGCCUCACCUGGUGUUCCUGGCAGGGAAUAGGCAUUGCCUCCCCAUGCCUUCUCCAUCAGUGCAAAUGCAGCCAGUGUUACAGAAAUCUGGGUUAACCACCCUGACCCCAUGGGGGCAUCUGCUGCUUUUCAGACAGGGAUCAGAAAGGUCAGCUGCAUUACGGAGAGGGAAAACACUGUAGGUAGCACAGCCCUGUGUAAUCCCUUCCCUUUAAUGCUGUUAUGUAAUACUGUCAGUAUUCAUUCACUGGCACCUCAGGGCCCGCCUGGAGUAAAAGCUAAGGGAAUUUAGAGCCAUAAACCAUUUUCAUUCAUCAGCAUUGCUUAUCUCCUGGCCACACAUUGAACCCUUCAUUGUAGCUCUCUGCAGAUGUCACCUGCUGUUACUCAGCUUGGCUGUUUGCAAAUCUCCUCCUGCAACAGAGUGACCCAGCUAAACAUUUGGGGUGAGUCCCACCAUCCUCCCAGCAUGUGAGCAAACAGCACACUGCAGUCUUUGAGUCCCAGCUCCUUGGCAUGGGUCAGUCCAGCACACUCAGUCCUUAGCUGGCAGUUCUUCAGAGGAGCUCCCCCACAUCCUGAGCUUCCCUUUGCUUUGAGGGAAAUGCUUGCGUGAUAAAAUAAGCUUUAUUUAAAAGUCUUGAGUUUUGAUUCUUUUUUUUUCCUCUCUAGAAACAAGUAGUCUUGCACUGCCUGAAAAUAGCUGAGUUGCUUUUCUGUGUGCUUUUUCUUCUUGGCUUGCUUUGCUGUCCUGCUCUACCAUCAGCUACUGCAUACUUGCAGAAAAGAGUCUUGAUGUGUUAUUAGGAGGCCCCUCUUUUCCACUGGCCAUCAGAGGUGCAGUUCCUAGUGGCAGAGGUCUCUGGAUAGCAGAAACUCAUGCAACCUAAGUGAGCUGUUCCCUUGCUGUCCUGGACAGAUCAGCUGGAGUGACCUGGCUGGGACACAUUGGCCAGUCACACUGGCUCCAUCCCAGUGCUGCAACAGCUUCAGCCUUCCUGGGAACACGAGGCAGAGCCCUCAGCAUACAAAGGAGAGUCCUGGUUGGCUUGGAGGUUUGCCGGCCGAGGCUCUUAAUCUUCAAAAUCUCUCUCUGGCUCUGCAUUCCUCUUUCUAAUCCAUAUUACUUGAACGAGACCGUUUUCCUGGAGGCUCUUUCCUGCUGGGAAGAGACCAGCUGCUGUGGACUGUGAUCUGACACAAUUUUGAGAUGCCUAAAUCCUGAGAAACACUAAGCAGUUGCUGGCAGGCUGUUAAAUAACUUUUCUUGGGAUUAAAGCUGUUCCCUCAACCCCAGCGAGGGCAAUCUUCACUUUGAAGUCGAGCAGAAAAAGGAGUGGUGUUCAUAAGUGACAAAUGGUGUUACUGGCCUGUAAAACUGAGGUUCAAUCCAUUCUUCUCCUUUUCAGGAGCACAGUCCUUGAGAAGCACCCAGUCUUUGGCCCAGGAACAUUACAGAGGGAAUGGAGCCUUCCUGGUGGUGUAGUGUUCCUGGUCCCAGCAGCAGCAGCUCCUUUUGUAGCUAAGCACAGAGGUUUUCUUUUGAUACUGCUGUAUCCAAACCUCCUUCUGCAAUCCCUAUCCAUGGUCACUUGAGCUUACACACUUAGUGUGGUUACUUUCUGUAGUUAUCACCCUCUUGGAGGUCCAUUGGCUCUUUAAUUGGACAUAUAAAAGAUGCAGCAUGUUCACUUCAGCCUCUUUCUGUAGGCAGAUCCUCCUUGCACAGAACUCCCAGGGUCAGUCAAAGAAGCAGUACUAAUUGCAGCUUGUUUUCAAGUGCUAGUAAUGCUUCUGGGCUGUGUCACAGGGUGAUGCUCAUGUACAAAUGGCAGAUCAAGAAGAACAAAGCCAGAGGAUUUUAACUUUAAGCUUUCUUCUUACUCUGUGCUGAGUACCUGGCUUCAGGUAUUCAGGCUUCUUACUCCUCCAUAUUGAGGCUUUUGUGUGGAUUGCUGAAGGUUUCAUGUUAUCAUCAGUGGAGGUAAUUUAUGUAUUUUUACACAAAAAUACUUAUAAAAUUCCCAAGAGGAACUUGGCAGCUUUUAGUGGCUCUUCAAAGUUUUCCAGUCCUGUAUUUCGACACUAACACCUGCGUUGUCAUCUUGCUAUCAUGGUAUUUUUGGGGGCUGCUCUGGAAGGAGCAGAUCAAAGCAAACAGCAACUGUAGAGCCAGUGGCAGGUGCCUCUUUCUCUUUGCUUGGUUUCUGAAUACAGACAGGGUCUUUUAUGCAGAGGCAUCCUAACUGUGUUCUUGGAAGAGAAUGGGAAGUUGCUGACUUCUCAUGACAGAAAUCCUCCUGGGUAAUUCUCCUGCCUUUUAUCCAUGCUCGCUCCUUUUGUGGCCCUGGGUGAGUCACUUAAAUUUUCUGGGGCCAGGUCCACAUCUGGUGUAUGAGGGCCAGUGCAAUGCCGAGUUUUCCCAGCAGGGGACCAGGCUCUCACUCCACUCUAAAGUGGAGCUAUUAGCCCUUACCUACCCCACAAGGAUAUCUUGAGGACUGAUGCUCAUGCAGCACUUUGAAGAUGUCAAGUGUUAUGUAAGUCACAAGUAUUAUCCAAUUUUAAUGUCAAAAUUGCUUUUAGGGAUCUGCAGGACUUGUUUUAAAACAUGGAAUGCAUGUCUGCCUUUUGAAUUUGCAUCAGAUAGAAAAAAAUGCAAAAUAUUUAUUAUGCUGGUUAACAGGAUGGGCUCAGCUACACUUGAACUAUGAGGGAGGUUUAGCAUAAAAAUCUGAACUUUCUAAUUUCAGUUUUGCAAAUGGUUUUUAGUUCUUCUGAAAGCCUUGACCAAAUUCUUAGAUGUGAACCUUGCAUCCAACUUUUGCAGUCUGAUCUUGUCCCUCACUGUUAGCUAGAGUAAGUAUAAUCCAACCAAAACAGAGUACCUCACAAUCUACUGGGGCUUUUGAACAAGCUGGAACAGAAAAUGAACUCCUUCUGUUCAACCUUCAGUCUGCAGAAGGUCAGCUGGGUUUCAUGAGACAGCUGUUAAAGGGAUGUUUAAUUUCUCGGACUGUAAGUUUUACUGGCUUUAAAAUCAGCAGAGAGAGAAAGCCUUGAUGGAAUCAAUAAGGUCAGCACAUCCUUCCUGAAUUCCUUUCUUUUCACCCAAAUCAAGGAAGCUUUGUAGCAGAGGAAGUGCUUGUUCCACCAGUCCUGUGACCCAGAACAGAAGUUGAUCUAGAAAUACAGCUCUCAACCACCAUCAUGUUCUCAACUAAGAUAAAAAUGCCACUGUUCACUGAUCUCUAAUUCUGGACCACAGCUAGAAACUACCCAGUCUUUGUAGCACUAGCUGCUGUACGAAAACAAAUGAAGGCAAAGAAUUACACACCAAGGAAUGUGAGCUGUGCACAUGUGAAAUGGACCAUAAUUUUGAAGCAGCUGCAGUAAAAUCUUAAUAUGAACUCAGAAGCAAACACAAUGCAAAUUUUUAUGGUUUCUUUAAAAUAUUUGAUGGGUUUUCAUUUUCUUAGUUUGGAGAAAAUUUUCUUAAUGUUAUUUUAUUUUUGCUCUUACUGUAAAGAAUAAAAAUACACAACUCUAGACAGACUACAAAUGAAAAAAGGGUGGCCAGUUGGCAGGAAUGCCAAAACUUCUGUGGCUUGUAUUGUUUCUGUGGUGACACUAUGCUGCUCUUGGGUGAGCUACUGGAGUGGUGUGAUGGCUCAAAAGUGAGGCUGAAGCACAGGAUGCAGGGGUUGAGCCACCAAGACUUCAGUGGGAGCACGACUGGGCCAGUUUGGAUCAGUCAAAAGACAGAGCAUAAGGAAAUAAAAGACACCUUUUCCUGACAGAAGAAAAGCAAGAAACCAAAACCAGCCUGUUGGGCGAUGGUGCUGAAUCACUACAAACAUAUUUAUCCAGACCCUGCUCGUGCAAGGUUCCUGCUGGACCAAGCCUUGCUCCUAAUUCAGCUGGGGAGGCUUGCUCCAAGCCUAUGGUGCUGGUAGGGUCAGGCCAGCAGAACCUGAAGCUUUGUUAAAUAAAACUCGAAAACCAGAAAGCAGCAACAAAAACAAGAACAAAACCCCGAAAACCACCACCACCACCAACAAAAACAAACAAAAAAAAACAAAACCCCAAAACAAAAACAAGGAAGGAAAAAGCAAUGCCACUGGGCAAGUGGCAGUUUUGCCUGCCUGAGAAUGCAGAGUGGCUGGUCUGUACUGAACACUAGACUUUGUCUUGGACCCGUGUGAGUCUCUUGCUCCAGCCCCUCUCUCACACAUUCCAGGCAGAGUGCACUGAAAGAUGUGUCUGAAACAGCUGCUCUUCUCUGGGGAGUCAAGUACUUUGCCAUGUCUGAAAGUCUCUAGCACUUACUUUCUUUACUGUGAUUGUAAAGGUCACCACAUACAGUACAGCCAAUUGAUCCGGGAUCUUUUUCUUAAUACAUUUUUAUGCUGAUUUUACUAUUUUAAUUCUUUGUUUGGAAUGUAAUUUUUUUUCUCAUUUCUUCUGUGUGUAACAGCAAUUAAAAAUAUUAAUUUACUGGGUA